AUGAGCUUGCAGGUGCAGCGCAUUCUCCACACAGAACAGUCCAAAUUCCAGGAUGUACUCGUGUUCCAGUCCACCACCUACGUGAGCCGAAGAUUGGAUCUGCAGCUGUCGCCAAGCUCGUAGCUGAUGCCUGUUCGUCUCGUCGCGUGCAGGGAAACGUCCUCGUCCUCGAUGGUGUCAUUCAAUGCACCGAGCGUGACGAAUUCUCCUACCAGGAGAUGAUCGCCCACCUUCCUCUUGCAUCUCACCCUGACCCGAAGCGCGUUCUGGUCAUUGGUGGUGGAGACGGAGGGGUCUUGCGCGAGGUCGUCAAGCAUCCUAGUGUCCAAGAGGCGGUCCUGUGCGACAUCGAUGAGGUGAGUAGCUGUAAAAUCAGGGCCAGCGGUCGGUGCAGGUCUGACCAGCCAAAGCUUUUCCUGUCGGUGCAUACAGGCAGUGCCCCGCGUGUCAAAGACCUACCUGCCCCACAUGGCUGCCAGCUUGACCCACCCCAAGGUCAAGGUCCACAUCGGAGACGGCUUCGCUUUCCUGCAAGAGAAGGAGAACCUCGCUUCUUUCGACGUGAUCAUCACGGACUCCUCUGAUCCCGUCGGACCCGCAGCUUCGCUUUUCCAGCCCCCAUUCUUCAAGCUGCUCAAGGGAGCUCUCAAGCCUGGAGGUCACAUCUCGACCCAAGCUGAAUGCCUUUGGCUGCACUUGCCUCUCAUUCGCGAGCUACGCACCAGUACCAAGGAGCUCUUCCCCGUCGCAGAGUACGCAUACACCACCAUUCCGACCUAUCCUGCCGGCCAAAUCGGCUUUGUGGUCUGCUCUCUUGAGGCUGGACGCGAUGUCAAGACGCCUUUGAGGAAGGUAGAGGGCUGCAACUACUAUAACGAGAAGGUCCACAGCGCUGCUUUUGUGACGCCAGAGUUCGCCAGACGUGUCAUUGAGGACGGCGCACAGGCACCGCCUCUCGUCGUUGCCACUGGUGACGGACAGGGCGUCGCGAAGCGUGCAGCCAAGAAGAUCUUGUUGCUGGGUUCGGGCUACGUCGCUAGGCCGUUCGCGGAAUACGUUUUGCGAUACCCAGAGUACUCGCUCACGGUUGGUAAGUGCUGUGUAGACGCGCUGACCUUCGCUCGCAGCCACUGAUCCACCAAUCUGCAUUUGCAGCCUCCUCUCGUCUUGAGAAUGCACAGCGCCUCGCAGAGGGUCUGGCAAGGACCAAUGCGGUAUCGGUCGAUGUCAACAACGAGGCUGCUCUGGGCGAAGCGAUUGCGCAACACGAUGUUGUCAUUUCUCUGAUCCCUUACACAUAUCACGCAGCAGUCAUCAAGGCGGCUUGCCAGCACACAACAGACGUCGUCACUACCAGCUACGUCUCAGAUGCCAUCAAGGAGCUCGCUCCUGAGAUUGAGAAGGCCGGCAUUACUGUCAUGAACGAGAUUGGUCUCGACCCGGGAAUCGACCAUCUGUACGCGGUGAAGGCCAUCGAUGACGUGCACAAGGAGGGCGGAAAGGUUACAUCUUUCCUCUCGUACUGUGGAGGCCUUCCUGCACCCGAGGCAGCAGACAACCCUCUUGGUUACAAAUUUUCUUGGUCAUCUCGUGGAGUCUUGCUGGCGCUUCGCAACACUGCACACUGGUACGAGGGCGGAGAGGCAAAGACCGUGUCUGGUGUCGACCUCAUGGCAUCUGCUCAGCCUUACUACGUCAGCCCAGCAUUUGCCUUUGUCGCAUACCCAAACAGAGAUUCGAAGCCUUUCCGCGAGGCCUACAACAUUCCAGAAGCAAAGACAGUGAUCCGCGGUACGCUGAGAUACCAAGGCUUCCCUGAGUUUGUGCUUGCUCUCGUCAAGCUCGGUUUCUUGGACGACUCCGACAACGCCUCUUCAUGGCUGAAGCCAGAUGCCAAGUUGUCUUGGGCUGACGUCACCCAGCGCAUGACUGGAGCAUCAGACAACAAGCCGGAGACACUGCUCAAGGCCAUCGACCAGAAGAUCGGCUCGUGGAAGAGCGACGCGGAUAGGACUAGGGUCAUCAGUGGAUUCAGGUGGCUGGGUUUGUUCGACGCCGCUGCUUUCGCCACUGUGCGAGGUACCGCACCUCAGAACAAAGCAGGCUACGGGAACCUUUUGGACACGCUCUGCGCUACUUUGGAAGUCAAGUGUGCUUAUGAGAAGGGCGAGCGCGACAUGGUCAUGCUGCAGCAUCGAUUCGAAAUUGAGACUGCCUCUGGCGAAGCGAAGACGCUCACCAGCACCUUGCUCGACUAUGGACACCCUGCUGGACACACCAGCAUGGCAAGGCUGGUCGGUGUUCCGUGCGCAAUCGCCACAAGGCUCUUGCUGGAGGGCAAUCCAGGCGUGCAGAAGAAAGGCAAGAUCGUCGCUCCCUACACGGUCGACACUUGCGACCCUAUCCGUCUAGAGCUGGCCAAGGAGGGCAUCGUCAUGGAGGAAAGAUACGUCUGA